CCGUUUCUCGUCGAUCCGUAUCUCGGAGUCGCGACAUAUACUGAGGACGUCUCCUCCGUUGAGCCAAGUCCAUAUGAAGGGACUCGUUGGAUCCGGGGGAUACGUCAGAGGCUCGACCGGCUCGGCUCGGGACAGCUCAGUCCAGGCACCUCUUUAUCAGCGAAUUAAACCGCAGUCGGCCUUGGGCAUCCACGACCACGUCAUCCUCAGCAUCCCCGGGAUACACGCGCGUGUACGUAGAAGACGACCUGUUUGGUUUAUCGGUGGCUAGAACACGCAAAGAGAGACGAAAAUCAUCGUCGUCGUUGAUGAAACUCUGAUCGGAUAUCCAUAUUGUUCCGUGCUACCAGCAACAUGGAUGAACACGAGAGAAACCUGAUGACGGGGACGUUGGAACAGAGGAAAGAGGCCUUCAAGGAGGACGAGGAGCUGAUGAGGGAAACGACGAAAUUUAUUAGCGAAGUGAUAGAGACCGCAGCUACGGAAGCCUCGAAAAGAAAAGCUCAAUCGGAGGGAGCUGAUACAGGCGAAGGCAGUAGAUUGAAGGGUGGCGAUACCAUCGCUGGCUGGAACAACCGUGCGCGUGGAUUCUGCAAUCGUAUUCUGAAUGCCCUUUGCCCGUGCUUCACCAAUCAUGAACUGUUCGCCUGGACUCCGUACCGGUAUCGCUUCACACGACCUUAACCGUUCGAUGACCUCCGGAUUUCCCGUUCAGUCGUGCGGGCUUGCAAUUGAUUGCAAAUGAACAAAACUAGGAUUAAGUUCUUUCCACUGUCAAUUCCGAUCUUUCGCGCAUCGCGCGUCUUUUGUACGCGAACCACAAUUGAAGACAUCCGUCACGUGUCUAUUGAACAAAAAUCAAUCACGACUUUCUAAAUCUCGAUAGGAACACUGUCGUUUAGGGAUAUUAGUCGUGCGUAAACACGAAGACUAUAUCUCAUAGAACGUACAAAUUCGAUGUUGCGUCGACGUUGCCCGAAUUAAUCUUUCUGUCGCGUAAGAAAGACGAAGGUUAAAUCUGCUGCUUCAGCUGCUGUGCAGCCGAACAAAUCUACAUUAGUGUUCAAUGGAAGAAGUAAUUAAUUAAAAACUGUGUAAUUAAUUAAAAACGACUUGUGUACUUCGUUUUGAAGUGAACUGCGUUUGUCGAGUAGUUUGGUCGAACAUGGCAAUACUUUGGGUCUCUUAUUUCGUUCGAAGUAUAUGUCAUCUUAAUUAAUUAUUAUGCCUUCCAAUUCUACAAGUAUCUCAAAUAAAUAUCUUGAUGAUAUCUCUUACAUUUUUUCACAAUAUUAAAUUAACUUUAAAUUUCAAACGUACGUAAAAAAAAUUUCAUAUAUAACAAUCAAAAAGAAAUGUGUAAGAUUCGCAAUCAUUUUUAAUAUUAAUAUUUCAAGCAUCUAAAUUUUCUUUCGCACUUCGACAAAGUGAUGAUGUGUGUAUAUAAACUCUAGUUUUAUAUUAAAUGAAAAAGUUGAAGAAUUAAAUAUUGGAAUUUAUAAAUGAUAUAAAAUAUGUGUGAACAGUUAAAAAGAGACGAGAUAUAGACGUGUAUUACAUUGUCAAAGGAAUAAAUGUUUAUAAGAUUAAUAAUCUUGAUCUUUCAAAUGUCUCACAGAAAUUAUAUCGUACUUGUUACAUACUUAAAUUCAUUAAUUUAUAUCAAUUUAUGAUUUAUCAAUUCAACAUGUCUGAGAAAUAUGACGCAAUUUUUAAUCAAUUCGACUGGUUGAGAGAGAAAUUUAAUUUGGUUCUAAUAAUUUGGCAUAUGUUUAAGUUUGAAGACACAAAACACAGCUAUAAUGCAUGUGAAAAUAGCUAGAAAAUUUGUGUAUUAAACGCUGUAUUUUACGUGUUUAUAUGUCAUAGGAUGUCAAACAAAAGGAAUUAAUCAAACGUAUGGCGUAUUCCAUAAUUUGGUCAAUAUUAAUUUUGCUUUAAAAUUUACGGAGAGAAUUUCGUUGUAGAUAAGCAAUAUAGCAACACUAUACCACUGAUAUCGCUUGUUAGGCACAAGAGAAUCGGAUCGAUACCGUUGGUAUGGGACUAUAUCAACAACGUAUAUGCUAUAUCAGAUCGAAUGCAGAUGAGUGCAAUGGUGUGUCGUUGGUAUUUAUUUUACUCUUCCCAAAAAUCUGCAAAAUCGUCAAAGAGAUUAUUCGGAUAAAAAAAUCAUCAUAUUGUACAUAAUAGAGGAAAAGAAAUUAAAUCAGUUACGAGACUGAGAGAAAUUUCAGUAAUAAUCGACUACGUUUUUCCAAAAGUGCUGUGUGUUAUCCGUACUCACAUUGAAUGUACCUGUGUUAAUCAAUAAUGUAUAAGUCGUUAGAGGUUUAAUUGUAUAGUCAUUGUUAUACAGGAUAUUCCUGAAAGGACACGGUAUAAUGGUGGAUAUUUGGAAUAAAAUUAAAUAUUCCUUAAUAAAAAUUAUUCGCGUAUAUAAAUUUGUAUCCGUAUAAAAUAGAGCUGUGCGACAAGGUUUACGUGACAAUACGAUGAGAUAUCAAGGCUUGUCUCUUUUUGGAGUAUCCUGAUGUUCAAAUCUCUCUGCGCGAGAGAGUCAGCACAAAUUUACACGGAUCGUGUUGUUUUCUCAGCUCCUGUGUAACGUGUACCAGUACGACUAUCGCGUAUAUUUGGUAUAUAAACUGACGAUGAUUGUAUGUAUAUCUCGACGUUGAAUCGUCGACGGAGAAAGGGUGCCGGAAAGAAAAUCAAUAUAUCCAUACGGUUUCGGCUAUGAAUCGCCGUUUUGCUAAAUAGCGCGUCUGUGCCGCUUACAUAUACCAUUUCGCUGGCAAAAUUAACGAGAAAUGCGCGAGAUAUCAUAUAUAUACAUAUAUAUAUAUAUAUAUAUAUAUAUAUAUAUAUAUAUAUAUUCGUUUGCGCGCCUUUGCCUUUCCCUCUUAUAAUCGUUCAUCUGUAUGUGCAUAUCUGAAAAAUUCAUAGUGUGCAAGAGGCAUGCUAGGAGGUUGCGAGGUCCAAACACAUUUUAAUUUCGCGCACACAUAUACAUAUAUAUAUAUAUAUAUAUAUAUAUAUAAGUCCAUUUAGCAGUAGGAUGUCCCUGAUAAUAAUUUGCUGAAUGUUCUCGUUCACGUUAUUUCUUGAAACAGAGAGGGAGAGUAAAAAAGAGAAAUUAUGCGAAGAAGUACUCUUCACGUUGCCUAUUUAGAUGUAUAGAGGGGUCAACAGUGUAUUAUGUAUAUCUGAGACGAGUGACAAUCAAACGUAUGUGGACGUAGAAUUGUCGUGAUAUAUAUAUUAUACAUAUACAUAUACAUAAAUACAGAGACGUAUAAAAUUUCAUAUCGCGAUAAACUUUGUAUUUUGCGUUACUGAAAAGUAUUUGAAAUAUAUAAAUAAAAGAGAAAUAUAUUGCGCGCUAUAAUGUUAUCUUCAUAUAUCUUCAUAUAUGUAUCUUUCGUAUCAUAAAACUGCAAAUUAACACAGCAACUGCUAUUGACGGGUAUCCAACUAUCAGAGACCUACACAUACCGUUGACAGACCUACAUCAUACUUGUGAAAGUAUUAUUCUGAAAACAAUGUCACGUAUAUAAAUACAAAAUAAAUAUUUACUUUGAAAGAAA